CAGCCUGCACAAUUGACUGAUACUUAACCAAUGUAAAAUAUAACCAUUAAUCUUUUUUAAGUAUUUAUACAACUAGCUAUUUAUUUUAGAGAACUUUGAUACGCUCAAGGAAACAGUCGAUUAAUUUUAAAAUAAGCAAUAAUGUUAUUAAUGUUAAAUCGGUGUAUAUUUCGUGGCCAGAGUAAGAAGUUGUGGGCCAGAAGUUAUACAGCAGCAGUGGACGCACAACAGGAAUUAGCAUUAAAGGAAAAUUGUAUAUUAGUGGACGAUAAGGAUAAGGCAAUUGGUUACAGUAGCAAAGAAGACUGCCAUCGUGUGAAUAAACAAACUGGCGAUAUAAAAUUGCAUCGUGCAUUUAGUGUGUUCUUAUUUAAUUCAAAGGGAGAGAUGUUGGUUCAGCGGCGUUCGACGCAUAAGAUCACAUUUCCCGAUACAUAUACAAACGCCUGCUGUAGUCAUCCGCUGCAUGACAUUGAUUUAGAACGGGAAGAAUCGAAUGCAAUAGGCAUACGAAGAGCUGCCCAACGACGUCUCAAUUAUGAACUAGGUAUACCACAAGAACAAAUACAACCAGAAUAUUUUCAUUACUUAACGAGAAUACAUUACAAGGAUUGCGGAGAUGGCGUGUGGGGUGAACACGAAAUCGAUUAUAUACUAUUUUUGCAAAAAGACGUUGACCUAAAUCCAAAUGAGAAUGAAGUCAGUGAAGUGCGUUAUAUUAAACGCACUGAAAUUGAUGAAACUGUGUCAAAAUUCAACGCUCCACUCACACCUUGGUUUAGACUUAUUUUAAGGAGUAAACUCAAAGAGUGGUGGGAUAAUUUGCAUAACUUGAAUCAGUAUGUGGACACAAAUGCCAUACACCGCUUUUCGAGAUAAAUAAUAAUUAUACUGUGCAUUUACAUAUUGGAAAAAUUUCACAUGAAAUAUUUUUGUUUAUGGUAAUUAGUUUUGUUAUCUUAGUACUUAAAAAAAAAAUUAAAGUAAAAGCAUUAGUCACGGGAGCCAUUUAAAUACUUUACUUUAUAUACAUAUACUGUAAUAUAAAACACAUAAAAGUGUGCUCGAAUUUAUGAAGACUGGCUUGUACUUCUAAACGAAUUUUGUUGUGAAAUUUUCCACAGUUAAUUAAAGGGUGUAUUGUAUAUAUUAUGCGAGUUAUAAUUUUACUCAACUCUAUCGUUCCCAACCAUUGUAUAUUUCAAUGUGUGCGUAAUUUUUCUGGCAACUAACGGUUGAUUAAAAGAUGUUAUAGUCAUUGAUUAAGAUGCAUAUGGUUAUACCAAAGAGGACAAACGCCCAAAUGGUGUAACACCAAAGAGCUUUUAUAAAAAGAGUUUAGUUGGGUGUGUUUUUUUGAUUUUAUGAAAAAUGAAUAAAAAAGAGCGAUAAGUCACAUUUCAGUUUUUAUUUUAUAUUUUAUGUUUGUAUGUAUACAAUUUGUAUUUGUUUAUGUAUAUUUAUGUAAAUAACAAUAAAGUACAAUUGUUUAGUAAAACGAUCACA